AUGGGAUCCAUCGGACAUGAUUCCACCCGCAGCUCCAUCUUGUAUUUCGAAUCAAGCCUGAUGCUAGACCAGGAAAGGCCCCUACGCUGCCAUGUCACACCCACGGGUCUUGUAUUUGCGACCUUAUCAGACGAAGCGCCGAGCUUCCACGAAUAUUUCCCCGAGCUGGAGCCCCUACUACAGAAAGUGGACUUCACGCAACGGCCCUACCGCCGCAGCAUCAAAUAUGAAGGACACUUCAACUGGAAGACGAUGGUCGAUGGCUACCAAGAAUGCCUGCAUUGCCAAUACACGCAUCCAUCAUUCUCCAUCUAUUAUCCACCCACAUUCUACACAGUCCACAACCACCAGAACUUCUCGCAGCAUAUCGCAGACCCAAAGAAACCUGAUGACGGGCUCUUCCUCUACUUCUUUCCAAACUGCACCCUGAAUGUAUACGGAGGAGGCAUGUCCUCGUUCCGGGUGUGUCCGACGGAAGAUCCAAACGUCACCAGGAUGGAGUUCGAUUAUUACCACGUAGAAUCCGGGGAUAAGUUCGAGGACUAUUUCAAGUUCGUUCGACAGGUAGCCAUGGAGGAUUAUGAGCUCUGCGAGAGAGCGCAACAUAACCUCGAGAAGGGGGUGUAUAGCGAGGGCAUCUUGAAUCCGGAGAAAGAGAACGGUGUUUCCUGUGAGUAUGGUCAGUUUCUGAUGUUAUAUUCUCACGGCUAA